AUGGUGUGUCCCCAGACACACCACAGAACAGAGUUUCACAGUGUUGAAGUCCCUGAAACCAUCACUGUCACAGACUGCUGUGAAGGAUAUGAGCAAGUUGGACUCUACUGCUCUCUAGCACUCAAUAGAUCCAGUGUAUUUGCCUCAAGACCUGGUAUUUGUCCAGUGAAGGAUAUGGAAACAUUUGAUUAUCCUUGCACGUUCGAUACUGAAUGUCCAGGGCUGAAAAAAUGCUGCAGCUCAUCCAAAGGAGCAGGCUGUGUGGAUCCCAUGCCAGAGGGGAGGAUGUUCUGGUACAACGUGACAGUGCUUGUGAAAAUGGAUUUUAAUGAAUUGAUCCGGGUGGAUUCCCACCUUCUGAAUCAUUCCCGCCUUUUGCACUCCGUGAUCACUGGCGCAUUGCAGCCCCUGAAUGCCUCUGUGCACCACAUCCAGAGUGACCGUGGGGACAUCUACGCUGGGACAGUGGCCUCCCAGCUUCUCCUGGGCAUGCACCAUCCAGCUCCUCUGGCAGAGGUUUCCUCCUCCCUGCAGGCCAUGGUGAAGCGCGUGUAUGAAGUGAUUGACACACAAGUGCAAGAUGUCAAUGAGUGCUCCUAUGCUGAAUUCAAUGCUUGCCCUGAGAAAAGCAGCUGUGUAAACCUGGAGGGUUAUUACAGCUGCCACCCCCAGCAUGGACUUGCCACUGUCAUCCCUCACUGGCUGAGCCCAAAGAAGGAAGGCAUUGUAGCAUCUACUCCAAGUUCAGUAAAUGCUGUUAACACUGGUAGUAGCUCUCCUUCUCUAAGGAAAUCACAUCUCUUGCCCAUAACCAACCAAUCUACAGAUGCUGGGUGCUAUCCCUCUGCAGUUACAAACCAUCGGAUCCUCAGCGUUACCAGCAACAGCUUUGGAAUGUCCUGGCUUGUCAGUUCCACUCUGAACCACACUUUCCAAGUCCGGGUGGCCAAGGGCAAUGAAACUGUGCAAGACCUGAAGACAGAGGAAACGCAGAUGGAUGUGUCCCACCUGGAAGCAGGUGUGAUGUAUUCAGUAGAGAUCAGCUAUGAAACUUGUGGAAAAACCAUUAUCUCCCGUCAGAAUGUUAAAACAGAGGCCAAGAUAUUUGAUGUUACUAUGAGGAUUCUCAACUACAACUUCACUGAUGAUUUCCAUAAUGCCAGCAGCUCAGCAUAUGAGGCAUUUUCAAGGCUGUUGCUUACAGAGCUUGAAAAUUCAUUCCCACCCAACAUUUCUGCCUUGUACAAAUCUGGGAAGCUCAAAGUGCAGAUUGAAUCCCUGGCAGCAGGAAGCAUCAUUGUGAGGCUCAGAAUCACCGUGCAGGAUCCUGAGUUUCCAGUGGAUGCCUCCACAUUUGCCCCAGUGCUUUCCUACCUGCACAAUGGCUCUGUGCUUGUGGUGGACCAGCAAAACACUGCAGUAGAAGACUGGGAUGAAUGUGCUUCCCAAGAGAAUGACUGCUCUGUGUUUGCAGAGUGCAUCAAUUUGAUGGGCUCCUACAUGUGCAGGUGCAAGACAACCAUGGAUACCAAUCCAUCCCGACCUGGAAGAAACUGUGAGGGUGAGAUUGUGGAUCCUCUUACUGAAACUGUGUCUCCUGAAAUAAGAACCCGCACGGACUUGGCUCCUGAAGAAGGCAGAAGCCCUGCAGGGAACACUGGCAUUGCCACCCCCAGAGCAGAUGGAGAGAACAGCUCUUGGUCUGAGGGACACUCUGGAGCCUUGGGGACACCAGCUUGGCCAGGCACCUCUCCAGCCCCCAGCCUGCACCACACCUUCCAGAAACUUAGUGGCACAGUUUGGAUAACAAACAUGGAAUACUCUCCAGGCUUUAGCAAUAACAGCAGUGAGGAAAAUCAAACCUUUGCACAGCUCUUUGUUGAUGAAAUGCAGAAAUCUCUGCCCCUUGAGGUGCUCCAGCAGAUGGAUGCUGGUCUGAUUAAAGUGCUGGUCACGGGUGUUACUAAUGGAAGCAGAGUGGUAAGUUUCAAUUUGCUGCUUGCAGAAGAAGUGGAUGUGCACCAUGUCAUCACCACUUUUUGCGAGGCUUUGGAAAACAGCUCCUACUUCACCAUGGACAGGAGCAGCCUCUCCACACACGCACUUCCCUUCAGCCAGAAGGCAACAGUGACAGAUAAGAAACCUGUGAACAGCACAGUUUUACCUGUGACAUCUCUGCAAACUUCAGCUCAUGUCUCCACCCCUGCUUCUCUGGACUUUUCUCCUGCUGAGCACAAAGCUCUGGAGGACACCAUGUUCUCCAGCACAGUGCUGAGUCCUCUCACCACAGAUCCUAUGGCAACUCCAGAUGUUUCUCCUCGAGCAUCUCCAGCCCCCCUGGUCAAACCUGCCCAAGAGGUUUCCCUUAAAGACGCUGUGAGUGUGUUCUGUGAGGCUGAGAGGAUUGUCCUUGCCAUCCAGAAGAGAUUCUUGCAGCAGGAGUCUAUCCCAGAGUGCUCCCUGUUCCUGGGGGAGCCUGGCUGCAAUGUGAGCACCAGCAAUGGCACCCACGUUGUGCUGCAGGCGGGCUGGAGCGACUGUGGCACCCAGGUUGAGACUAACAUGACUACUACUGUGGUGAGAACCACCCUUCGGAAUGAUGCUUCUGCUCAGGGAAUAAUCCACCACCUGAACGUUGCCAGUCCCAUCCACUGUGUGUUUCAAAACCAUGUCUUGACUUCCUCUGGGUACACUGCAGAAGGACUUUACACCAUCUUUGAGGAUUUGCAUGGAUCUGGACACUUCAGAACAGAAAUGCAGUUGUUCAUUGGAAACUCCCCAGUCCCCAGAAAUUUCAGCGUCUCUGCCAGUGAGGAUGUGCUGAUCGAAGUGGGGAUGCAGAGGGCAGACAGCCAGCUCAAGGUGGUUCUCACUGACUGCUGGGCCACUCCAACCAAUAAUUCAAUGGAUCCCCUGGCAUUUGUUUUUAUCAGCAACAGCUGUCCCAUCCCAAACACUUACACCACGCUGCUGGAAAAUGGGAAUUCAAGCAAAGCUCAGUUUAAGAUGAAAAUUUUUUCCUUUGUCAACAACUCUGUGGUUUACUUGCACUGCAGAAUUCGUAUUUGUAUGGAGUCACCAGGAAGCACCUGCAGGACUAGGUGCCAUGCAAGGGCUCGGCUCCUGAAGGCUGGAGAAACCAUCGCCCUGCACAGAACAUCCUGGGGACCCCUGUGUAAAUCAGCUGCAUCUGAUUCCAAGAGAGAGAAGGAGGCUGGAAUGGGAAUUGGAUACAUCAUCCUCAUCACCCUUGCUGUGUUUGGUUUUGUGCUGGGAGUUGUGACCCUUCUCAUUUUCCAGUACCAGCGAAAGACAGGAAGAUACAACCUCAGGGUCAAGUCUGACAACUUCAGCUACCAAGUGUUCUAUGAUUAGUGACUCACAGGUUACCACAUUGGGAUCAUGUCUCAUCACAUAGAAAACUGAAGUUUGUCUUCACUCAAUAUUUGCUUUCCUUGCUCUACACAUCACUGAGUCUUUCAAAUCAAUGUAAUGUAUAAAAAGCUUCUAUACCCCCU